AUGAUUGAACUGAUAGCUGCGCGUGGAAACACGUCACUAGAAUCUGCGGUUUCCUUGACAAAGUCCCUUCGAUGGGAUAUCCAAGCUCUAGGCCAGCGACUCGCGAACGCCGCCGCCUCGGAAGAGCUGAUAAGAAAGGGCGCAAAGUCCUCUCGGAGCCGUUCCCAAAAUGACGCCGAAAUCAAGCUCAUCAUCAAGGACAUCCGAAACCUCCUAGUCCGGAUUGAAGAUGCCGUUCCGCUACUUAACCUAGCAAUCACGACCUCUGGUGCGAAACUAUCCACCAAUUUACCGUCCACAAUAUCUCCAUCCCGAUUGCUGCAGGCCAGCACAUUCCUCACCGCUGGAGAUACGCAGUACUCCAUGUUUCCAUCUCAGGCUAUCCAGAUUGGCCCAACCUUCACUCUUUCCGUGUACAUGCUCUUCGCAAGCCAUCUGCGUCCCCAGGACGAAGAAGGAAUUCGCGAGACAACGUGGAAAGAAGUCAUGCAUAAAGCGCGGCUAAAGCUGCGCCGUGUGCCGAUGGAUCUGGCGCUCACUCCACGGGCCCAGGCCCGACGUCGUCAACUUCCUGCUGAGGCGAGGAUUGAUGAAUUCGCCUACCAGCUUCUCGUCGUGGAGGAUCUCGACGACGGCAGGGUUCAUAGCUUCGACGAAAGUGAGCCGCAACCCGACAGCUACGAAGGCGUGAAAACAGCGGGGAUCCGCGAGAUUCUUCCAAUACACCAAAUAUCUAAGAUAUUUUACGCCGAUACUGGCAAGAUCCUCAAUAUUAGCACCGAAGGCGAAACCAACAACCCGGUUUUGCUUCUAAAACGAGACGUCAACGCUAUUCCUCCGCGACGGAUGGUUGAGCGGGAAGAAGCGUAUGGCUCGGCCGACGGAGAGUCGGACCACGAAGAAGUCGAUGAGAUUCAGGCUCAACUCGACGCACAGUUAAACAGCGCAACUAGUUAUACCGAUGCCCCCAGUUUCCAUGAGAGUUCCAUUCCGGAAGAGUGGCGUCUCCCCAAGGAUUUAGAUCCCGAGUGGAUCGCGUUCGAGGUCUACAACGAAGACGAUCCAUCGGACUCUGAUACAGAAGACGAAGACGCCAAAUCACCUCGUCGCGAGGCAUCUGUUGACCCUGAGCUGAUGGCGAAUCUUUCUCUGGGUCCGAAAGAUAAACCGUCCACGCCAGCAUCUUCUGCCCCAUCACGGCCCACAUCUUCUUCGAAUCAGGCGAUAACCACCGUGUCGAAUCCCCUUUUCAACCACAUCCGCACUUCCCUCUCUCUUCUGGAGACACUCCUCCGUUUGACGUCACUGCAGCAGUUCCAACAACAGUCACACCUCUCCAUCAGCGACGAACUCCUCAACUUCUUCCUUGAGGAGUCUUCAACGACUGGUGCUGGUGGUGAUGAGCAACACCGACAGCGUCUCCGUGCUGAUGCGAGACGUCGCGUCGGAUGGGAUCCAUAUGACGAGAGCCCUCUGAAGCGACGUGGUGAAGACUACCAAUAUAGCUAUGCCCCAGAAGGAACGCCAAUUGGCUUCCGCCCGAGUAGCAGCGAAUAUUACCCUUAUUCACCCACUGACGGACCGCGCGGUUUUCACCUGCGCUCGCGGGAGAAUACACCAGAGACUCCCAUACAGUCACGACAGUCCACGCCUCUACGGUCUGACAUGAGACGCAGUGCGCUCCGUGGUAUGUCUGCUUUCCCAGAUGAGUCGCGGCGAGGCUCGUCGUCACCUACUCGCUCUACACCAGCGGCUGGUGACGAUCCAGGGCAUACUGGGCCGGAUGUUCGAUCUUAA